CGUGUCGAACAAAUAUGGCAAGCUUGGGAUUUGAUUUUGCGGUCGGUCUCUAUCAGCGAGCCAUCCGUUAGUCAGUUGUUUGAAGCCAUGGACAACGUGGAGCUCUUACAGCUCGCCAUCCGCCGGCUCGCCGAUGAAAAGAAAAAUGGCCGAGCCUCCGUCGCCGACGAUGAUCUCCUCUCCAGAUUGAUUUUUCAGUUGGAAUCACUGAGAGAGGAUGGUGCAAUCAAACAACCCAAAUCAUCUGUUGAACCGAACGAGCUACAUUCGCCUGCUGUUGGUGAAAUGGAGGUGAAGAGUAUGGCUACGAAUGAGGUGGAUGCUGGUAGUGCUGAAAUAGGAACUGAAGAAAUCAUCAAAGAGCUAAAGAAGGUGGAGAGGCAGAAUUCCAUAACUCACUGGCUUCUUUCGACCAUGAUUGUCCUCAUUCUUGGCUGGCAAUUGUCGGAGUUCUCCCUCAUUUUGAAAGUUAAAGAAGGAUUAAACCAUCCAUUUAGAUCCUUUGGGAAUUUGGUUAUAGGGUUGCUAAAAGGCCCAGCUAACAAUGGCCAGGAUGCUGAAAAACAAUCCUCAUCGACAAAGAAACCCCAGAUUGAAACACCUCCACUCCCUCUCAGAAUUCCAGAGCUCCCCCAUGUGGAUUUGCCAGUACUGGGGUUGAAUGGUGAGGGAGACUAAACCAGUCUCUGCCUUUGAUAUCCACAAAAACAAAGACGAGAGGAACAAGUUAUUGAUCCUACCAAACGUAUUCAUGUUUUAUGUUUCCUCAUCCAAUGUUGUUCAUUUCCUUUUUCUGUCCCAUGUUGUGAAGAACAGAGUAUGCAAUAUUUUCCAGGUGAUUGUAAAUUAUUUUUUUGUUAUUAAUUCAUAUUGAUUAUUGUCCAUUAAAA